AUGGCAUCAGGGGCAGUGGUGGCAGACCGGGUAAUGGGACAUUCAAGGGUUGUUGAGGGGUCGGUGAGGAAGGAGAGCAGCAGGAAGCAGCAGCGCAAAAGCAAAGAGGAGAGGAUGGCCCGUAUUAAGCAAGAGCAGGCAGAGGAGCUGAAGCAUCUCAAGAAUUUGAAGAAGAAAGAGAUUGCAGAGAAGCUUGAGAGGAUCCGAAUGAUUGCUGGGAUUGAAGGGGAUGCUGUUUUUACGAAAAUGCAGGAGAUGUUUGAUGACAGUUACUAUGAGGCUGAUGAUGUUGAUCCUGAGUUUGGAAGUGGUGAGGAGAUGGAUUUGGGGAAGCCGGAUUUUGACAAAGAAGACGAAUUGCUUGGGCUUCCUAAGGGCUGGGCUAGUGACCAGUCAAAAGAAGAGUCUACUGCCACUGAUGCGAAAGGUGCAAAAGGGCAGAUCUCUCUCAAAGACAAGGUGGAGCUUGAGAAAGAGAUGGAAGAGUACUGCAAGUUAGACUAUGAGGACACUAUUGGAGAUAUCAAGACUCGGUUCAAGUAUAAACAGGUUAAGCCAAACAGUUUUGGUCUGAGUACCUAUGAGAUAUUGGCAUCAGAUGACAAGGAUUUGAACCAGUAUGUUUCCAUUAAGAAGCUAGCUCCUUACAGAGAGGAUGAAUGGAAGGUUACACAUCAUAAGAGGCAGAGCAAGGAUUUGAUCCUUGGGAAGAAGGACAAAUCUGGCAAGAAAUCUAGGUCUGAGGAAGGCGGCCCUAGUUCUUCAAAAACAGAGAAAGGCAGGCUGACAAAUGGGCAAGAGUCAACAGAUGACAAGAAAAAGACUACCAGAAGUGAACUAAGGAAGCGUCGUAAGACUGACCUAAAGAUAUCCGAUGAUCGAUUAGCGGCAUUUGGAAAGACAAAUUCAAAGUGUCACAAGAGCCAUUGA